AUGUUUGAGCCAAUUGGCGACGGCUGGGUGCUCAUCCCACAGCUCCCUGUGAACAAACCGCUGACAUCCUCCACCGUUCAGAGGCGAGAGCUAGAGUGGCUCCUUAACGAGCUACACGAGACUCUUCAGAACCUCAAAAGCGGCCUCGAAGACUGCUACGCUCUUCUUGCGCCGAUCGACCCCGGUAGCACCCUCGUCGUCAGCAGUCAUAGGAAUGAGAUUGUAAAGGGUCAUAUCACGCGAGUCGGGACACGGAUAGUCAAAGGCAUCCUAACUCUGAAACUACGCACCCUCCCAAACCAGACGUACACCAUCAACGCCGAACAUCCAAUUCAGAUCGCGCCCCUGACGACCCUCCACGCCCUUCUCAACCACUCCAUCGACCUCCUUACCCUCACUCUCAGCUACACAUACUCUUCUGGCGCCACAGGCGGCAGCGAGCCACCCGCCUCGCCAACCCGACCCACGGCUACGUUCAUAGCUGCUCAGCUCCGCCUGCUGAGCCAGUCGCUCACCGAAGCCACAUCCCUCCUGAAGGGACCCCAGCCCCUUACAGCGUCCGACGCAACGUGGGUGUCCAAAUCCUGCAGCCCGGGCCACUUCUCCCCUCAACCGGGGUCAAAUCUAAGCAUACAAUGGGGCGUUCAGGAGAGCCAGCUCGUGCUGUGGCUGAGGACACUUGAACCGGCCGACGCGCCGGUGAACCUGGGCAUGAAGUUCGCCCUGGCCAUCGGCACGACGCGCCGGUUGGAGCACGACGAGGCGGAACAAGUUUUUAUGUACACGUAUCCCGAGGGCGCGACUCCCGAACCCCAGAGCCGUGGCAAUAAUGGAGGCGGGAGUGGUGGGCCUGGACAGAGGAACAUCACUAAAGAAAAUGUUGGUCCUAAGGACAAUAACGGCGAGAUCGAGGCGCAGGUCUUCGUGCGGGAAAAGGUGCGCGUCGAGAGUGCUGACCCGGCCUUGAUGUCACUCGGUACAAAACUCGCCGCGCUGGCCAAGACGCUCUCAAUGGCCAGGGGAAACCUGGCGACUGUCAUGGGCGAGGAGCUUGACGAGUGA